CUGCGAAUAUCAUCACGAGAUUUUGUACCGAAAAAGGUAGCUGCCACUGAUACUGGAACUUCCCACGAGAUUGUUCACGGGGCAUGAUCUCUGCUCCUUCAGCCGGCGACCGGUCGAACGGGUUAAACAAGACGGGAGCUCAAUUGCAAAUGCAAACAUGAGAGCAUCCCCGUCCAGAGCCGCGCCGGCGACGUCCGGCAGCAGCGGGAAGCAGAAACAUUCGCAAUCGAACUCGAACGGCACCCAGUCAACGAAAACGCCCACCCCACUCAGCUCGCUCAAGAGUCCACCUCUCGAUUUAUCUUCGGUUGAGCGACGCGGUCAGCCAACAGCGUGUCCCGAACCUGUCAAGAAAAAGAACCGGCCCCAUGGCCUCCAGGAAGCACCCACUUAUCGUCCGACUGAGGAGGAGUGGAAGGAGCCAUUCCAGUACAUCAGGAAAAUUGCGCCCGAGGCGCGGCAAUAUGGCAUCUGCAAGAUCAUCCCCCCGGAGUCUUGGAACCCGGAUUUUGCCAUUGAUACUGAGAGGUUCCAUUUUCGAACGCGCAAACAAGAAUUAAACUCUGUCGAAGGCAGCACGCGCGCGAACCUGUCCUAUCUCGACGCCCUUGCAAAGUUUCAUAAGCAGCAAGGCACGAACAUGACCCGAUGGCCUUAUGUUGAUAAGAAGCCUCUCGAUCUUUACCGCCUGAAGAAGGCGGUUGAGGCCCGGGGAGGCUUUGAAAAGGUCUGCAAGCUCAAGAAAUGGGCCGAGAUCGGCCGGGAUCUGGGCUAUAGCGGCAAGAUCAUGUCCUCCUUGUCGACGUCGUUAAAGAACUCGUAUCAGAAGUGGCUCUGCCCCUACGAGGAGUAUCUGCGGAUUGCCAAACCAGGGGUUCACCAACAGCUCGAGCUCGAAUACGGCGGCCCCCUUACUCCGAGCCCCGCUCCGAGCCCAAUGAAGCGUUCCAACGUGCCCACGCCUGCUACCGCUGGAUCAGACUCUCCCGCGAAGCAUGCGACAAAUACGCUACGGGCAUCCAUUGACGGACAGACGAACAAUGCCGAUGCGGACACCUCAAUGUCGGAUGCUCCAGCGCUAGGCACCCCCAAGUCAACGGCCGGCUUCACUCCCGUAAACUUAGGCGGCUUCACCUCGGUGAAUUCGGGCUUUACGAGCGUGAAUCGACCGAUAGCUGCCCCUUCUGAUGGCAAGGGUUCUGCAACACCCAGACCCAACGGCACGCCCGCUUCGUCGACGAAAAAUACUCCAGAGUUCCGCUCGUCGGCACCAGGUUCUUCAAACCUCAAGCGGCAAAUGAGCGACGAUAGCUCGGAUUUGGCCAAGAAGGAUCCGGCCGACGGUGAGGAUGGUGAAUCCGGGAGCCGCAGAAGCAAACGACUCAAGAAAAAUACGGUUCCAACCGUUGCCGGCUCGCACAUGUCUCUCUUCCGCUCUGCCCCCCCUAGAAUACCUCGGGAUGAAUCUGGAAUACCUGGAGAAAGAUGCGAGCAAUGCGGCAAAGGCAACGAAGAGGGCAGCUUCCUUCUUACCUGCGAAUCAUGCGAUCAUCGCUAUCAUGGCACUUGCCUUGAUCCGCCCCUUAAAGUGAAGCCCGAAACCGAAUGGAACUGUCCACGGUGCCUGGUCGGCGACGGCCAAUUUGGGUUUGAGGAGGGCGGCUUAUACUCGCUCAAACAAUUCCAGGAGAAGGCCGCCGAGUUCAAGCAGCAGUACUUCGCAAACAAGAUGCCCUUUGACCCUGUCCUCAAUUGCCAUCGACCAGUCACAGAAGACGACGUGGAGCAUGAGUUCUGGCGGCUGGUGGCCGACAUCGAGGAAACCGUCACGGUGGAGUAUGGGGCUGACAUUCACUGCACCACCCACGGCUCCGGGUUUCCGACCAUUGAGAAGUUCCCCGACAACCCUUACUCAACCGACCCCUGGAAUCUCAACUUGCUCCCACUGCACCCGGAAAGCCUGUUCAGGCACAUCAAGUCCGAUAUCUCGGGUAUGACUGUUCCUUGGGUCUAUGUCGGCAUGACUUUCUCGACAUUUUGCUGGCACAACGAGGAUCAUUAUUCGUAUUCGGCGAAUUAUCAGCACUUCGGCGCUACCAAAACCUGGUAUGGCAUCCCCGGCGAUGACGCCGAGAAGUUUGAAAACGCCAUGCGGGAAGCGGUCCCCGAGUUAUUCGAGACACAGCCGGACCUGCUUUUCCAACUGGUCACUCUUCUCACCCCCGAGCAGCUGCGAAAAGCUGGCGUUCGUGUCUACGCCCUUGAUCAGCGGGCAGGGCAAUUUGUCAUUACAUUUCCACAGGCUUACCAUGCCGGGUUCAACCAUGGUUUCAAUUUCAACGAAGCGGUCAAUUUCGCACCGUGCGACUGGGAACCCUACGGUCUUGCGGGUGUUGAGAGACUCCAACAAUUCCGCCGACAGCCAUGCUUCUCGCACGAUGAGCUGCUGUGGACAGCGGCCGAGGGCCACACCAGCGGCGGGCUCACCAUCCAAACUGCCAAGUGGUUAGCACCCGCGCUAGAGAAGGUCGAGAAACGGGAACUUGCACAGAGACGCGAGUUCAUCGCCAAACACGAAUUCAUCGCGAAGCACCUCGAUGCCAAGCAUCCGGCGCAGCAACAUCGCUGUGUAUUCGGUGGGGAAGGCGAGGACGAGUGCCCCAUGACAUUCAAGAUUGACGAUACCGACGUUCCCGAGGAGGAGUACGGUUGCUUCUACUGCAAAGCUUUCACUUACCUGUCCAGGUUUAUCUGCCUCAAGACCGGCAAGGUCCUGUGUCUGUUGCACGCCGGAAGCCAUCCCUGCUGCGAUCUCCAGGAAUCCGACAGAUACCUUGGAAACGAGCAUGCUCUCUACUACCGGAAGUCGGACGAAGAGAUUACCGCCACACGCCAGAAGGUGGCGGACAAGGCUCGCGUGCCGGAGGCUUGGGAAGAGAAGUAUGAAAGGCUUCUUGAGGAGGAGGCGACGCCAUCGCUCAAGACGCUGCGCAAUCUCCUCAGUGAAGGCGAAAAAAUACCAUAUGAACUCCCGUCGCUCCCGGUGCUAAGGGCAUUUGUUGAUCGAUGCAAUCACUGGGUUGAGGAAGCGACCUACUACACGGUCCGGAAACAGCAGAAUCGUCGAAAGAACGAAAAGGUGUGGCAGACGGGGGCCCGCAAGUCAAUUGGGAACGGACAGCAGGACCAGAAAGAACGAGAGAUGCGGAGCGUGUCAAACAUUUACCGCCUCCUAGACGAAGCCAAGCAAAUUGGUUUCGACUGCCCGGAGAUUCCCCAGCUGCAAGAACGCGCGGAUGCCAUCAAGACGUUCCAAGAGGACGCAAGGAAAAUGCUCGAACACCGCCAAACCCGCUCCAUCGGCACGGUUGAGAAGCUACUGGAGGAAGGACAGAGUUUCAAUGUCGACAUUCCAGAGCUUGAGCAGCUAACGCGUCUUCUCGAUCAGCUCCAAUGGAACGAAAAGGCCAGCAGCAGCAGACACACGUACAUGACGUUGGACGACGUCAGGGAGCUCAUUGACGAAGGGCACCGUCUCAACGUGCCGGUUUACAACGACCACCUUGCUUUCUACACGGACCAGCUGACGUCGGGCCACAUGUGGGAUAAGAAAGUCAGGGAACUGAUCAGCGCCGACUCGAUCCAUUAUCCGCAACUACAAGCGCUAGCCGACCAGGUAGUGGCGAACGGUUGGCCAGUGUGUCCGGAAACCAUGGCCGCCGUAGAUCAAAUUCUGCAUAAGCAGCGCGAAGCUCACCGGCAGAUCAUGGACCUGAAUGAACGGUCCCAGAAUCCUGAUUACAGGAAGAGGCCAAAGUAUGCCGAAGUUGCCGAGGUCAUGAAGAAGAUCGAGGAACUUCAGGCCAAGCCGACCGGGACGCACGAGCUCGAAAAGGAGCAAAAAAGGCACGAAGACUGGAUGCGCAAGGGGAAGAAGCUCUUUGGAAAGACUAAUGCGCCGCUCCACAUCCUCAAGAGCCACAUGGAGUACGUUCUUGAUCGCAACCUUGACUGCUUCGACAUUGUUCACGACAAGCCUCGAGUGCCCGCAGAGCCUGCGUCGCGGGAGCCGACACCCGACAAAGAUAAGGGCAAUCGCUGGGAGGAUCCGAAGUUCCGCGAGGUGUUCUGCAUAUGCCGACGCACCGAGGCUGGUAUGAUGAUUGAGUGCGAGCUGUGCCAUGAGUGGUACCAUGGAAAGUGCCUCAAAAUCGCCCGCGGCAAAGUCAAAGAAGACGACAAGUACACGUGCCCAAUCUGUGAUUGGCGCGUAAAGAUUCCCCGCGAUGCCGCGCGGCCAAAGCUCGAGGAUCUUGUGGCCUGGCAGGAGGAGAUCCCUAGCUUGCCCUUUCAACCGGAAGAGGAGGAAGUGCUCAAGAAGAUCAUUGACAAUGCGACGGAGUUCCGUAACCACAUCAGCGUGUACUGCAACCCCAUCAUGGCCACGGCUUCCGAGGCAGAGACACAGAGGUUUUACCUCCGCAAGAUCGAGGGCGCUGAGAUCCUCUUGGCCUACGAGACCAACUUCUUCAGACAGGAGUUGCACAAGUGGAGUCCGGUAGCGCCUGAACCGCCCCCCGUCCUGGAGGUUUCCAAGAGCACUCGCAAACCGAGGCCGACAAAGCUGCAAAAGCUGCUCGCCCAAUACGGCGUCGAUGAUCCCGAUGACUUGCCAGAGCACGUCAAGGGCAAGGCUAACAGCCUGAAACGCAAGGCUCUGAAUGCAGAGGCCGCGGCCGCCGCGGCAUCGGCUCCUUCCGGCUCGAUCAUGAUGGUGAGUAGUCCCGAAUAUCCACUGUCUCAUCAUUCUUUGUUCCCGCGAAACUCAUCCGCGCAGCCCCCAGCGCCAGGUCUCCCAAGCAGUUCGCACUCGGGCGGGGCUGAUUCGUCGUCUUCGCGGAAUCAGCAGAGCCAAGGCGGACUGCGCGCCGAUUCGAUGAACAUUGAUUCAUCCUCGGCUCAUCCGACCCUUUUCCUCCGCGAUGGCACCGGACCCGGUCCGCAACUGCUCAUUUCGGCCGAAUCGACACACGACCUUGAGGAGCGCCUUCUGCGCGGCACUUUCGACGACGACGAGCUCAACGCGCAUCUGUCGACCGAACAAGGCAAGGCCAGGGUUCUCGAGAUCCUGUCGCGCACCGACACCGGCCGGCGCCGUGCGGAAGAGAUCUUUGGUCCUGACGUGUGGGGCGAUCGCAACCGUGACGGGCCCAGCGGGGCACGAGACAACGACCCCAUUGGCAUUGGCGUUGGGAACGAAGGGGAUGGAGACGACAGCAUGUUUGUGGAGUUAGUCAAUCAGGACGACGAUGAGGAUGGGGACCAGCAUCACCAGCGGAAAAAGGGCAGUGGCGUUUCCGAUCAGCAGCAACAUCCGUCAAAUGCGGCGGAGGUCUUGGAGGAGCGCGACCAGGCGGCGUCGUGGAUGGAUGCAAGGAAGGAAUCUUAGUCGGAUUUGGAAGGCUUUUCCUAAGGCGUCCAUGCUCCACCGAACCAGCGGCGCGGUGCUUGAGGGCGGAUGUCUCCAGUUGGGAUUCUUGCGCGGUGACGGGACACUUGGAGUGGUGGGUUUGUUCUUUAGAGCGGUGCAUUGCGGACGGUUUGUGUGGGCUGAUGGCUGGUCGAGGGCGUUUGCUGGCGUUUAAAGAUCGUUGCUUUUUCC